GGUAUUCUCAAGCUGGCCAAGCCUCCGUUUUAGCCUCUCUGGAAUGGAGAGGGUGGUAAUACCUACUUUUGGGGGGCUCCUGCGAGGACCUAAGAGGAACCGUAGAAGUACUGCAACACUGGCUGCCAAGAUUACUGUUGUUACGGAGGUCAGAACCUUUGCAAAAGGCUCGCAGGUCCAGGGCCCCGGGCGCCCGCAUGCGCACGCGCACCUGGCCGCCCAGGUUCACAAUAAAGGUGCUAAGAAAGAGAAUGUAAGACCGGAAAAUAAUUAAAGAUUUUUACUGAGUGAGAAAAAAACUUCCAUCAAUAUAAAAUGACAUAAUGACAAAAGUAAACACCUAACUCCUGUCACCCAGAAAUGACUGCUAUUAAUAUCUUGUCUCUUCAACAGGCCACACUUACGAGGUGUCUCAUAUCCCCUGUUGCUGGUGGCUGGAACACAAUGGAUCACACAGGGGCACUAGACACCGAGGAUGAGUUGGGACCUUUAGCCCAUCUUGCUCCAAGUCCUCAAAGUGAAGCCGUUGCCCACGAAUUACAGGAACUCUCCUUGCAGUCCAGUCAGCACCUGCCCCCUCUGAAUGAAAGGAAGAAUGUGCUCCAGCUGAGGCUGCAGCAAAGGAGGACGAGAGAACAGCUAGUGGACCAGGGCAUCAUGCCACCUUUGAAGAGCCCAGCGGCAUUCCAUGAGCAGAUAAAAAGCUUGGAACGAGCCAGAACCGAAAACUUUUUGAAGCACAAGAUCCGGAGCCGACCAGAUCGUUCUGAACUUGUCAGGAUGCACAUUUUAGAAGAAACAUUUGCAGAGCCAUCCCUGCAGGCUACUCAGAUGAAGUUGAAAAGAGCUCGACUAGCUGAUGAUCUGAAUGAAAAGAUUGCUCAAAGACCUGGUCCCAUGGAGCUGGUAGAGAAAAACAUCCUUCCUGUAGACUCCAGUGUUAAGGAAGCAAUUAUAGGUGUUGGGAAGGAGGACUAUCCCCAAACUCAGGGCGAUUUCUCAUUUGAUGAAGACAGCAGUGAUGCUCUGUCUCCAGACCAGCCAGCCAGCCAGGAGUCACAGGGGUCAGCCGCCUCCCCAAGUGAGCCAAAAGUCAGUGAAUCGCCAUCUCCUGUGACUGCAAACACUCCAGCCCAGUUUACUUCGGUGUCCCCAGCAGUUCCUGAAUUCUUGAAAACUCCUACUACGGAUCAGCCCCCGACGCGGUCCACAGCUCCUGUCCUCCCCACCAACACUGUGUCCUCAGCGAAGCCUGGGCCAACACUGGUAAAGCAAAGCCAUCCCAAGAAUCCGAACGACAAACACCGUAGCAAAAAGUGCAAAGACCCCAAGCCACGGGUGAAGAAGCUGAAGUACCACCAGUACAUUCCACCAGACCAGAAAGGCGAGAAGAACGAGCCGCAGAUGGACUCCAACUACGCCCGCCUGCUCCAGCAGCAGCAGCUCUUCCUGCAGCUCCAGAUCCUGAGCCAGCAGCAGCAGCACUACAGCUACCAGACCAUCCUGCCUGCGCCACUCAAGCCACUCAAUGAGAAAAAUAGCAACAGUGGGAAUCCAGCUUUGAACACCACCACACCUAAUACAGCAAGACAGAAUACAUCUGCUCCUGUGAGAAAGCCAGGGCCGCUGCCUUCCAGCUUGGAUGACUUAAAGGUAUCGGAACUGAAGACAGAACUGAAGUUAAGGGGUCUUCCGGUGUCAGGCACCAAACCAGACCUCAUUGAACGCCUGAAACCCUACCAGGAAAUGAACAGCAGUGGCGUUGCUGCGGGUGGCAUCGUGGCUGUGUCGACAUCCGCCAUCGUCACUAGUAGCCCGGAAGUCACCAUGGCAUUGCCGGUUACAACGCUACACAGCUCUGUGACUAGCUCCGGCCCCGCUUUCAAGGCAGAGCUGCCAUCGGCUGGAGCCGGCGGUGUGGCCCACGUGGAGAACGUUAGCUCCCCGCUGCCGAUCUCUCCAUCUCCCUCUGAACAGUCCAGCCUCAGCGCCGAGGACACGAGUGUGGCGGACACCUUCACUGAGAUCAUGACCAUGAUGUCCCCGUCACAGUUCCUGUGCUCGUCUCCCCUGAGAGCGACGAGUAACGAGGACAGCCUGAGCCCCACCAGCAGCACCCUGUCCAGCCUGGAACUGGACGCGGCUGAGAAGGACCGCAAGCUGCAGGAGAAAGAGAAGCAGAUCGAGGAGCUGAAGAGGAAGCUGGAGCAAGAGCAGAAGCUCGUGGAAGUUCUGAAAAUGCAGCUCGAGGUGGAGAAACGAGGGCAGCAGCAGCAGCAGCAGCAGCGGCCACUGGAGCCCCCGCCGGGCACGCCAGCACCUCCGGGCGGCAGCCCGCCGUUCUUCGCGAGUCCGCAGGGACAGCCGCCACCCGCCGUGGGGGCUCAGCCGCAGGCCUUACUGACUGCGCAGACCGCCCAGCUGCUGCUCCCUGUGUCCAUCCAGGGCUCCGGCGUCACCUCGGUGCAGCUCCCAGUAGGCAGCCUCAGACUCCAGACUCCACCACAAGCAGGAAUCCAGACUCAGCCUCAGAUAGCAGCUGCCACCUUGUCCUCGAGCUUGGCCCAGACUGUACCUCAGAAGCAAGACACUUUCACGCCGCACGUGCUCAGUCAGCCUCAGCAAGUCAGAAAGGUUUUCACAAACUCGGCAUCAAGCACUGUUCUUCCGUAUCAGAGACCACCUGCUCCAGCCGUCCAGCAGCCCUUUAUUAACAAGACGAACAACAGCGUUCUCCAGCCCAGAAACACGCCACUUCCAUCCCUGCAAAACGGCCCUGACCCCCCCAGCAAGCCCGGUUCACCCCCUCCGCCCCAGCCGUUCAUGGUCCAGCACUCGCUGUUUGGGAGCCCAGUCCCCAAGACGAAAGACCCGCCGCGCUACGAGGAAGCCAUCAAGCAGACGCGCAGCGCGCAGGCUGCCCUCCCAGAGGUUUCCAAUGCACAUAGUCAGCAGAUGGACGACCUCUUUGAUAUCCUCAUUAAAAGCGGAGAGAUUUCCCUCCCUAUAAAAGAAGAACCUUCUCCUAUUUCCAAAAUGAGACCAGUGACAGCCAGCAUCACCACAAUGCCAGUCAGCACAGUGGUGUCCCGGCCACCACCCCAAGUACAGAUGGCACCGCCCAUUUCCUUAGAACCCAUGAGCAGCUUAUCUGCUAGCUUAGAGAACCAACUAGAAGCUUUCUUGGAUGGAACUCUACCUUCAGCCAGUGAAAUCACUCCACUCCAAAGCGGCAGCGAGGACAGAGAGCCCUUCUCCCUGAUCGAGGACCUGCAGAACGACCUGCUCGGUCACCCGGGCGUGCUGGAGCACUCACACUCACCCAUGGAGACUGCCGAGGCCCACUUCGCUGCGAGCACUCCCUGUCUGUCCCUGGACCUUUCGGACUCAAACUUGGACAACAUGGAGUGGUUGGACAUUACCAUGCCCAGCACGUCAUCGGGGCUCACUCCACUCAGCGCCACUGCUCCAGGCAUGUUCUCCGCCGACUUUCUAGAUCCCCAGGACCUACCGCUGCCAUGGGACUAACAUCACAGGUUUCUCGUCUCGGAGUUCAUGAGGUUUAAGAAAAUGAAGAUGAUUCUAAAAGGUCAGUUUUUAGAGACAGAUCCAUAGUUGCAUCACUGCAAUUAUCACAUGUUGUCACAGAAGGAACGGGUGGACGGUCAGAGGAAGGAAACCAAGUUUGGAAACACUUCAUCGUAUCCAGCAGUGAACGUCUACAACUGAAUACAGCACAGGGCCUUCUGAAAAAUCACUCGUCCAAGACUUCUAUUUCUCCAGACUUCAGUGAAGAGUGAAAGGUACCUUUGGGUAAAAACAUGAUGAAGAGUUCUGUGUGCAGGCGGUGACAUGAGGGCCCUAGUAACCAACUACGUUUAAACGUCUGUGGUCACUUUAAGACACUAAAUAAAAGGCCCCACUCAAAAAAGAAGGGAGGUGAGAGAUUACUGCCCAUGGUUAUUUCCUAGAAACGGCCUGAGCCCAGCAAGAUGCGGCAGGGGUCUAAGGCAGUGGAGAGCACCAGCCAGCUCAGUGCAGCUUCCCGCCGAAGACUUUCGGUUCCAUCAGAAACCAACGUAAUUUGUGUGUGUGUGUGUGUUGUAGUUAUUUUGUGAUUUUUGGAAUCUUUCUUUAGAUUUCCAAAUUUAAAUUUAAAUGGAAGAUCUUCCACCAUAACCAGACAAUGUCUACAAAAUACUGUCAUAAACGAUCCACUGUAAAAAGUCCAGGUGUAUUGAUAACACUGAAAAUUCUACUAGCAACCCGCUGGGUUGAUUAGGUUGAUUUUAAUGUGUAUAUUGGACAUUUGUGUGUAUACUCUGACAUUGUGAUGUGUACAGCCUACGUCGGAGUAAGGAAUUGGGUAUCCAGUGGUCCUACUUCUUUUAAUAACUCGAAUAUUUCUAGACUACUUGAGCCACGUGCAUUUCCAUAUUUAAAGAAUUGCUGACUAACUUUCAGGUAACCAGACCCAUCUCAAAGAACCAAGAAGAGGCUUUAGCGUGAAAUACCUUUCUGAGCUGGUGAGUCACAACGAGAAAAGCAAGGGAGAAGGCUGUCAUCAACCUAGGACAUUCCCAUAGCGGUUGCAGGUUAGAGGUGCCGCCAGGCUGGCCAGCGGACCCCCAUCUGGCCUCUCCUCUGUCCCUUGUCCCUGUUACCGUUUCACAGGCUUGUAACUGGACGUCAUACCUGAGCUCUCACAAUAUUACUGAGCUGAAGAUUGAAAAACUGGAGGUUUCAUUAGUAGUUUUUUAUAUAGAAAAAGAGUUGUUCUAUUUGUGGAGUAGUUUCUUAAGAAUUUUCUAAAAGUGCCAACCGUCACAGGAUUUCCAAGAUUAUUUCAAGCUGGUCAUUCAAGUAUAUGACAAAAUGCAAAUCACUGAAAAAAA